AUAUAGGGUUUCUUAUACGGAUCAGGUUUUGGUCAAACCAGAUCCAUGAAUAGUCCUACGUGAUAGUUUAUUUUUUAUUUUAUAUAUAAAUAAUAAAUAAAUGACUCUGGACGAUGACAUUUAGUGGAAUCCCUUGGUCCUACUAUGGUUUCUUGUCACAAAAAUGGAUCAAAAUUCGGUUGAAAGAUGGGAAAGCAAGGUUUCAUCCAAGCUGAGAAACAUCACCAAAGAACAAGCGUGGCCCCUCAUUAAGGACUUUUUCAAUCUCCACAAACGUUUCCCAAACCUCGCCACGUGUUACGGGAUCCACGGAUCCAACGGUGAACCCGGCUGCAUACGAUACUGUGCGGGAUUCUCUCUCCCAACGGACGGUUCAGAAAACGUGAGCUGGUCAAAGGAGAGAUUGGUAGCCGUUGAUGACGUUGACCGGAGUAUCAAGUACGAGAUCGUGGAUUGUAAUAUUGGGUUCAAGUCGUAUGAGUCAACCAUGAGGGUCAUCAGUGAUGAUUGUGACGGUGGAUGCAUGAUUGAGUGGUUCUUUGCCGUUGAUCCUGUUGAAGGUUUGGUUUUGGAGGAUUUGGUGAGUAAGUACCGUAUUGGCCUUCAACUUAUGGCUCACAAAAUGGAGGAAGAGAUUGAAACUUCAGUUCAUACAAAUGGAAUGUAGUUUGGGUAAUAAUUGGGUUUGGCUUCAUAUCUUUUACUCUUUCUCUCAUAACCAUAGGUCACUUCUGGGAAGUGAAAAUUGUUCUAGAAAAAUAUUACUCUCUUAUUUCCCUAAUAAUAAACACCAAUAGUAUAUUUUGCUGUUUUAAAGGAAAAAUUAUAAUAUAAUUAAUGUGUUUA